AUGGCGGCGACGGCGAGCCGCACGGCGGGGGAGUUUCUGUGUCAGUGUGAGUGCCGGCUGGCGUUUACGUUUCUGCACUUUGCAAAGAAAGCUGCAGAUCUCGAGCUCAGCGGCUUCAACUCCCAAGACGGAGUCUUCAUGGUUUGCAAAGAACUGCUGGAUAAUGCAGUUGAUGCUUGCAGAAAAAGAAUUAAGUGCCGCUUUCCACUUCUCGCUGGCGGCGAAGUUGAACUGGCGGUUUCGCUGGGCGAGUCCGCAGUGGCUGUGGCGUGUCGCGACACCGGAGCUGGAAUCGACUGCGGCUCCGUCUCCGCCCUCGGCGACGUCUUCGCCUCUUCGAAGGCAAACGACGCAAAGGCGGGCGGCGAGUUUGGGAUUGGUUUGAAGGCCAUUAUGCUGCACUCCCAAAGAGACUUGAAAGAGCCCCUCAAAGUCCGGAUCAGAAUGAACGAAAACGAAGUCUGGAGCUUCGGCCUCUCUCUUUCCGAAGCAGCAGCAGCUCCUUCCGUCCAAAACUUCACAGUGGAGAAGGCCUCGCUGUCUGAGUGGGCGUGGGUGACGGAGUUUUCUAUUUCGCUUUCCCCCAUUUGGGAUGCAAAGAAAGAAAUGAUGCUGGAAGACUACUGCGCGGUGUACACGCAGUGGUGCCAGCAGCUCAAAAUAAACACCAAUUUGGUCUUUAAGGGGCAGCGGCGCUUCGAGGCUUUCACCCAUAGCCCCCCAGAAAGCCUUGCUGCUGCUGCUGCUGCUUCUGCUGCUGAUGCACCAGAAGCACCAGCAGCAGCAGCAGCAGCAGCAGCAGUUGAGGUCAAAGCCCAAGUCUUGUCUUUAGAUGCUGAAGAUGACCAGAAAGAAAUAUAUUUAAUUCGAAGCUUCAACGGCAUGCCGCUGCUGCCAGCAGCAGCAGCAGCUUGCCUGGUCACCAGCUGCCUCAGUUCUUUUUUAAUUAAAUUUGGACCUCUUUUUGGAAUUGAAGAGUUUUCUGCAAAGGCAGCAGCCGAAGAAGUUUGCUGCGGAGUCUGCGGCGGGCAGAUCGCCUUCUGCUUCCGUGUACAUACACCUGAAGAAACGGAGUGGAACCGAAUUGUCUUGGUGGGGAAUUGA